AUGGUUAAUUGUUGUCAAUGUCCACAAUCCUUACUUGUACAUAAACCUAUACUUGUUCCUUUAUUACAACUUUUGCAAUGGUGUAAACAAUCUUUUAAUGUUAGACAUUCUACAAAAAUACAAAAAUAUCCAAAUUCUGUUGUUAGUAAUUGUUUGUUGAAUUUAAUUAAUCAGAUUUUUCGUCAAAUAGCAGAACACGAAACUCUUUUACACUUCUUUUUUGAUUCCUCAUUAAUUUUAAAUGAAGAUUGGGCAAUAAUAGAAGGAAGUAAUUCUCCAAAAAACGAAGCAAUUUUACUAAAUGAACAGAAUUUACACAAACCUUUUUUAAUUUUUGAUAUGCUAGUCCCCUAUCUUUAUGGACCUGAAUUUACUAGCCAACUAGCUAGGGAUGCUUUGUUGUUAAUUAUGUCGGCUUCUAGCAAAAAUGAAUUUAUUGCUGAACAUAUAAUUCAAAAGGGAGAUUUAUGUCAUGUAAUGUCUGCUGGUCUUUCUGCUUGUUUUUCUCAACUCCCAAAAUGUGUAUUUUCAGAAUUUGCUUUAGAUUCCAAUGAAGCUCACAAAUUAAGUGUUUUUGAUGUUAAAGGAAUGCCUCAACUUUAUGAAUUCCACAAUGCUUUACUUUUUACAAAUUCUGUUGCGCAAAUUGCCCAUUAUUCAAUUACCCGUCAAAUUGUUCACUUUAUUUACACUGGAUUUUUGUUAAAAGUGUUUAAAUCAUCUAUUGUUGAGUCAGAACCAAAAGAAGAAGAAUUAUGUUCUCGUAUUGUUUAUUUUCAUUUAUGUAUUGAAACAAUUUCUGCUUCAUCAUUAUUGCAAGCAUUUAUAAAAAUCUUGUUAACUACUAGUACAAAUGGAGAAGGAAAAAGUGAAGAAGAAGAAAUGAAUUUAUUUGAACAAAUUUUGGUUAAAAUGCAUGAAAGUGAUAGGCUUUGUAGAGUAACACUUUCUUUAAUUCGUACAUUAUUAUCAUUACACUGUGAAGAUUUUCUUUGGUCUACAAUAUUUCGUCAUUUACUUCCUUUCAUUCAAUUAAGACAUCCAAACCAGAGUAGACGGUUUGAUGCAAAUAUUUCGUUAAAUUCUGCAAAUUAUUUUCUUAAAUGUAUUCCUGAAUGUGCUAAAAAUGUUUUGGAGCUCUGUUCGGAAGAACAAUUCGAAACAUAUUUACGAGAAGCGGGCAAAUCAAUCCGUGAUUGUGAAGAAUGUUGCUCUUGUUGGGCAUUAAAAUAUGAUGGAAGUCUGCCAAAAUCUUUGUUGUGUAAUCCACAAAAAUUAAUAAAUUCUGAAGGAAUGAUUGUUACACCUAGACAGGCAUUUACUCGUCAUUCCUCAGCCCGUUCUUCUUUUGCCUCAACAGGAUGGAAUCGUUAUGGACAUUCUAACCGUUCAGGUCGAGGGACUUUACUUGAAGGAGAAUUAGAAUCAAACAAUACAAAUUUAAAUAGUUUGGGGGAAGAUGAUGAACAAUUGACUAAUUUAAUUGAACGUUUAGAAGAUGGAAAUGAAGUAAUUAAUAAUUUGUCUUCACAAGAAGAAUUUGGGGAGGCGAGUGUUUUAAAUGAAAACGAAGACAACAGACCCGACUAUUUUCAAUUUAUUUAUGACCGAGUUUCUGAAUCGGAUUUGGAUAGUUUUUCGAGAAGAAAUUCUGAAGAAGAUUCACAAGAAGAAUUUUUGUCUAAUAAAAAACAAAAAAAUAUUUUGGCAACAAAAAUAAACAAUAAUUCAAAUUCUGAUAGUGAAAAAAGACAAUCUAAUUUAUCUAUUAAUUUAAUUAAACAACAACAACCAACACUUUCACCUUUUAUGUCUGCUGUUGUUCAAACAAAUUGGAAUGAGGCUAAAAAUGUUGGUAUUUAA